UGAAGCAGGUUACUGAGCUCUGGAUGUUCAGAGUCUGCCGUCCGCAGAGCAGCGGAGUCAUGCAUCCGUCACUUCUGGGACUCGUCUUCUGCUUGUUGCUUGGGCUGGUUGGUGGCAACCGGAAGAUGCCCAAACUUGCGGAGAGGAAGCUCUGCGCCGAUGAGGAAUGUAGCUAUCCCAUCUCUAUAGCCGUGGCGCUCUCAGACUACACCCCCCCUGACUGCCGUUUCAUCCCUAUCAGACGUGGACAGACCCUGUAUGUUUUUUCCAAGUUAAAGGGCCGUGGGCGGCUGUUUUGGCUCGGAAGUGUGCAAGGAGAUGAAUAUGGGGAGUACACAGCGAAGUUGGGGUACUUUCCAAGUUCAAUUGUUCAAGAAGAACACUAUUUAAUGCCCGGAAAAGUGGAGAUGAAAACAGACCAAUGGGAUUUCAUGUGUCACUGACGUCUCCAGCCUCAUCGGUGUCCCCACAUACCAUCGGCACAAUGGAGAAAUAACACGGGAUCUAAUAGCUACGGCUCUCGGUCAGCGUACACAGCGCUAUGUACAAUGCAUAUACAGCAUGUGUCCUAAUGCAGCUCGUCUCUUUAGCUUUCUAAUAAAGAUCUCACCAUUUUG